CUCUCCCUCUUUUUCUCUGUGAUUAGAUUUUGUCAUGUCUUCUCCAUAUAAAGUUGAGUCGUCCGUAUUUGGUAAUCCUUCCAUAUUCCUCAAUCCCAAAAGAAUUCAACACCGCAAGCUUCUGGUUCUUGCAUUGAUAUCCGUGCCUUGCAAAAAUGCUUUGGGAACAACAUCAUCACGCAGCCUCAUUUCCGCUCACAGAAGCUGUACAGACUUGGUUAAAGUAUGGAAGCUAGAAAGCUUGCAUUUUGAUGGGAGAACUGACAGAAUUCGGGUUGGAAAUUUCCUGCAUAAAAUCAAAGCAAUUCCCUUUAAAGACACGAGUGAAAUUUUCAGCAUCAUGGAGAAAGAUGCUGGCAAUUGGACCUUGUCUGAUUUCAAUGGUAUGCUAAUGGCGUUGGUGACAGCAAACGAGCCUGAUCUAGCCUUGGAACUCUACUCCAAUGUAGCGUCAUACGGUUCAGCUUUAGCACCAAAUUGUUGGACAUUUUCCAUCAUGAUUAGGUGCUGCUGCAAGAAAAACGACCUUGAUGGGGCCCAACGGUUUUUGCAGCACAUGAUGGAGAAUGGGUAUAGUCCAAAUGUGAUAACAUUUACCACUCUCAUUAAUUCAUUGUGCAAAAGAGGCAAAUUGCAGAAUGCCUUUGAAGUUUUUGACGUGAUGGGUAGAAUUGGGUGCAAACCUACUGUCCAUACGUACAAUUGCUUGUUAAAGGGAUUGUGUUAUGUGGGGAGGGUGGAGGGGGCUCAUGAAAUGCUGAUGAACAUGAAGAAAGAAUCAGUAAGACCUGACAUCUAUUCAUACACAGCAGUUAUGGAUGGUUUUUGUAAAGUGGGUAGAUCAGAUGAGGCAAUGGAACUGCUUAGCCAGGCUCUGGAGAUGGGAUUAGCACCAAAUGUGGUCACUUUUAACACUCUGUUUACAGGAUAUAGCAAAGAAGGAAGGCCAAAGCAGGGUUUUAGAGUGUUAAGGCUAAUGAAGGAGAAAAAUUGCAUGCCUGAUAGCAUUAGCUACAGCACCUUGUUGAGUGGGCUGUUGAAAUGGGGAAAGAUAAGGGCAGCACUAGGGGUCUAUAAGGAAAUGGUGGGUAUUGGUUUCGAAGUCGAUGGAAGGAUGAUGAGCACUUUGCUUAGAGGUUUAUGCAUGAAAUCAUGGACAGAAAAGGACCUGGUUCAAGAUGCCUAUCAAGUGUUUGAGAAAAUGAGUAGUGUUUCUAUCGUCGACCAUACUACCUAUGGCUUUGUGAUUCGAACUCUUUGUGUUGGAAAGAAAAUGGAGGAGGCUCUGGACCAUUUGCAGCAAAUGAUUAGAAUGGGGUACAUUCCUCGAACGAUAACCUUCAACAAUGUUAUUCAAGCGCUUUGUAUGGAGGGAAAGAUUCGUGAGGCAUUGGUAGUGUUGGUUAUCAUGUAUGAAAGUGGUAAAAUCCCAAGUAGAACAUCCUACGACAUUUUGGUUAAGCAGUUCAAUCAUCAGGGCAGGUUGUUGGGUGCGUCUAAUGUCUACGGUGCUGCUUUGAAGCAGGGUGUGGUCCCGCAUAGGAUACCGCUAAGAUGAUGGAAGUGUUCAACUAAGGCAUCUUUCUUUUCCUGUAUACUGAUGUAAGAAAUCAUGCUACCCGUUCAGCUGUUGAUAUCUUUCUCUUCUUUUUAUUAUGAAAAAAAAUAACGAGAAACAUACAUGUCAUUCUGAUUAUCAGUCAGGCCGUAUAAGUACAGUUUCUGUACUAGCUUUUAAGAAGCUUAUGUUCUGACUAAUACCAAAGACGGAUGACCUUCUAUUUUUGAGAUAUAUGAAGUAACUAAUUGAAUCAACCCCUUGAUGGUACUGGAAUUACCUUUCUGCCUA